AUGCCAAAGAUUCCCAGCGCAGAAAAAAUUCAGCUUCUUCUUGAGGGGGAGAUCACUGGCGAAGAUGGCGUGUACAAUGAGCGAACAGGCAAGCGGAAGUGGGGGACCAGCACUUACAAGGUCUAUGAGGCUCUCGCAGGACUGCAAGAAGAGGAGGAAGCAGUGAAGCCCUACUUGCUGGUUUGGCUUCACGGCAUGGACAACGGCAGCAUUGAGCCAGGUUACCUCACUACCAUUCAGAAGAGGCUCAGACAUCGGGUGAUCUUUGUCGUGCCCAUGAGCCCGCAGACAUACGAGGGCAUGCAUUUCAACUGGGGGUGUGCUUUCAGCAAGCGUGAUAACAAGAAGCAGCUGGGCUUUGUGCACGGAAAGUUGCACGAACCCUACUUGACGGCCCUCACCUCGAAGAUCAGUGACUUAGCCUAUGAAUUUGAUGCUGAACGUGUUCUGGUCAUGGGCUAUUCCAUGGGUGGCUUCGGAGCAUUUCAGCUUGGUGGCUUCGCACCCGACGCUUUUGACGUGGUGAUGUCAGUGGCUGGCUAUGGCUUGGGAACACUGGAGCCUGAGGAUGCCAUGUAUGGUGCACCGCAACCUGCCAGCAGCGCCAUCUUCGAGGAUUUCCUCACCGGUGUCGUCUCUGAGCUCUCCAGAGUCCCAAUCGUUCUGGCUGUACAUGCUCAGAAGGAUUCGAUGUCCAGUUUCCGGGAUGUCAAAGCAAUCAUCCAGUCCUGCCAAGAGACACUGGCGAUGCGGGGAGUGCCGCACACUGCUGAGCUCCUCGAAGUGGAGGACCGCUGGGCGGACAGCGACAGAAAUCGGAAGAAAAAAAAGAUCAGUGGUCAUCAUUACUUCAACUUCUCACUCUUGGACGAGAGCAGUGAGGAUUUUCUGUGGUCGAAACUGCGGAAGUAUCUAUCUCAGGCACCGCUUCGAUUGGAAGUGCGUCCUUUGCAGAUUGACCAACUCAUGGAGGUGGAGCCAGGAGUUCGCUUCAAAUGCCUUGCAAGCUCGACCGUGCAAUGUUUAGACGCAGAGCAGCAUGCUGUGAUAGAUGCGGAAGAACUAGAAGCGCUUGAGGAGCCCGAGAUUGAAGUGCCAGAUCCUGAAGAAGAUGAGGAUCGUGUGCUCAGAUCCAGGUGGCGGCCACCGAGUUGUGAGGAAAUUCAGCUUUUCCUCCGUGCUGGCGUGCGCCUGGAGAGCCAAGCAGAAGGAGGGCAGACACCUUUAGCGCUUCUUUGUGAGGCGGCUUGCCUUUGUUUCAGAGAUGCAGAGGAGGAGACGCCCGAGAAGUUGGUGUCCAGUGACGCUGAUGCGCAGGAUGAGGCUUGCGCAGUGGCUGUGAAGUGCAUGUGCGAAGAGGCACCGGUGAUCUGGACUUUGGAGGAUGCAACGGGCAGGAUGCCUUUGACAAUGCUUGCAGAGGCCUUUGGCUUGGGGGAGCACAAUCACCAGCGGGGGCCGAGAGCAACGCUCAUGGCCCUGCUGGACAGUCUCAGCUUUUGUUUCUCGAAAUCGCCCAGCUCGAUUAUGUGGACGUUGAGGUGCAGUGAACCUAUGCGUCAUGCUGCCGAAUUCCUUAGCCGCAUGUUCAUGAAGGAGCAAGUGCCUGCUCCAAGCCAGCUGAAGCGUUUGCUUCAGUGGAUGGAAGUGGUCAUGGGUGGUGCAUGGGAGGCCAGUGAAGACCAGAGAUACCUCACAGAAAGGUUGCUUGCAGAUGGCAUGCCAAUCGACCUUGAAGACAUGAUGAAUUCAGCGAUCCACCUGCGUGAGUUCUCGGAUCAGAUGGAGAAGAAGGUCUUGGAGUGGGAAGCAGAAGAAGCUGAACUGAAACUUGCAGAGUUCGAGGCUCGCUGUGCUAAGAAAGCUAGCGAGUAUGAGGACCGCAUUGCACGUUUAGAGACGGAAAUUGCAAGACGAGCUGGCAAUUUGCAGCUGCUGCCACAGCCACCGCCAUCAACGAAUGAAGAUCGGGAAAAGAUUGAGGAGAAUCCAGAGGAAAGAAAGGAGGCCAUUGAUGACCCAAAAGAAGACAGAGAAGAGAAACCGAAAAGGAAAGUCGCGGCUGGACCGCCUCAGGGACGUGUUCUCGAGGAGGCAAAGCAAGUUAUUGAAGAUAUCCGAGCAGACAGGCUGGUGAAUGACGGCUGGGAUGACGGAGUCUCCGAAGAUGUGAAGCAAGGACUGUUGGCAAUGCGCAGGUCUUUGUGUGCAGCAGUUGAAAGGCUAGCAUUGGACCUGUAUGCAGAUGAAUGCCACUGUUUGUGGGAGCUCAUGCAGAAUGCUGAUGACAACAAGUACGAAAGCGAUGAUGUUCCAGAGCUUACAUUGGCCUUGGAGGUGGAUCCAACAUAUGGGGCCUAUGUCUGGACUUCCAACAAUGAGGUGGGGCUCUCCUCGGAGGACGUGAGGGCGAUUUGCAACGUGAAUGCCAGCAUGAAGGGUGCCGGGCAGACUGGCCACAAGGGUAUUGGCUGGAAGAGUGUCUUCCGAAUCAGCGACUGUCCGCACGUCUUGUCAAAUGCCUUUGCCUUCAAGUUUGACACUCGUGGGCCUUUAGGCAAGUUGGCUUUGGUAACGCCAACUAAUCUGUCUGAUGAGGAAGUGGAAUCGCUACCACCUGCAGUCAAAGAGGCCAAGGCAGCUGGCAACACUGUGAUGUUUUUGCCCCUGCGCUCCAAUGGUGAUGCUUUGGCCGUUGAUGCAGAGCUUCAUCACAUCGCUGCCCAACAUUUGUGUCUGGCAUUCCUUCGGCGGCUGCGCCGGGUCCGGCUUGUUUUCGCAGAAGGCUCAAUGCUACUGCAAAGAUCUGCGGCCGACAUGGCAAAGCUUUACUUUCCCGGAGCCUCCAAUUUGGUAGCCGUCAAGAUGACAGAGUUUACCGAGGCAGGUGAGAAGAGCCGAACCCAGAUGCCAGAGUACGUACUUCACCACCAUGAAGUUUCUUUGCAGGGAGAGACAGCCACGUUGACGCUGGCCUUUCCUGUGGCGUUUGCCCUGGAUACAACUCAAAGAAGCGAGGAAGAUGAUGAAUUACUAAAGGCUCCACUGCAACCACUUUACACAUUCCUGCCCGUGAAAGUGGUUGGCUUUCGCUUUGCUAUCCAAGGGCCCUUUGACCUAACAGCGGACAGGGGAAACCUGCACGGCAAGUCCACUCGAAAUCGGAGUCUUUGUGCAUCAGUCCCUGUUGCCUUCAAAGCAGCACUACAAAACCUGCCGGGGCUGCGAAGCCGUGCGCUGGACUUAUUGGGUCAAGAAACACCGGAGGCCACAUGGCUGCUGGUUCGAGGACAACUGCUUGAGGUGUUGAAGGACGUGGAAUGCAUUCCAACUGAGCCAGAUGGACAGCUUGCACGCCCAGGUGACUGCUUGCUUCCACCAGAGGAGCCAAAGCUAGCAGAGGCUAUGCAGCACUUGCCACCGCAAGUGCUUUGGGAGCAUUGCCAGCGUUGCUUGGUUCAGCGCCCAUGGGCAUUGCGUCAUCGCGCACAAACCCAGGGUCUGGGUUUGCAGGAGCUUUGUAUUGACCACUGGCUUCAGGUGCUGCAGGUGGACACUGGCGAUGACCAAGACAAUACCCACAACAAAAGGAGUCUAGCCCAAGAUGCCGCUGAGAAGCAGGAUUAUGGCUUUUUCAAGAGGCUUCUUUCACUGCUGGGCACAACAUUGGGUGACAAGCCGGAGGUCUUGGCACGGCUGAAGGGUGUGCCUUUGCUCCCGGAUGCAACAGGACAUGCCCUUCGAGUUGCUGAUGGGCCCACUUUCUCUUGCUAUGCGACCGAUGUGCCUCAGUGCUGGCAGAAGAAGCUCGAGGCAGCUGGUGCGAUGCGGGUGCUCUGCGACAAAGUGCAUGGUGGCUUAGAAGCUGCUGGGUUACGAUUCCUGCGGCAACUUGGUGUUUCGAGGCCAACACGCCAGGAUAUAGUCCCACUGUGCGUUGAGUGGCACCUGGGGUUGGCUGAAACGGCAAACUUUCAAGUCGGCGGAAGCAGCAGUACGACACACGCCAGGCUGGAUGAUACAGGAGUGGAGCCCCUUGAGAGGUUGAGGUGCGCUGUUUGGGCAAGCCUAGCGUGUUUGCGACAGCACUUCUUGAACGGGGCAUCUGGGGUGCCGAGCAAGGAAGAGGUGUUGCCCUGGUCAGCUCUGAGUGAACUUCUAAUACCAUGCUCGAGCAUUCGAAGUGGCUUUGGAACAUGCUCACGUCUCACUUGUCCCACAUAUUUGGGUGAAGCUGCCGGCAGUGAGUUGCAACAAGAUGUGCUUGUGGCCAUCAUGGGAUUCAUCCAUGGUGUCGAGGCCGAGGUUCGUGACAUUGGCAUUUUCGCUGAUCCACCACCCUCAUGGCUGCGGGACGAUGAGAAGGAAUCUGUGCGACAAAGCAAAGGUGCAACCGUCAGAGACAAACUGAACUGGGAAGCUUUUCUGGAUGAGUUGGGCAUGAAGCCUUUAUCACCAUGCACAUCCCACCGGAAAGUUGCUGGGACAGUCCUGACCAUUGACCUUGGAUGGCGACUCUCCAGUUGUGACUGGUGGGGAUUUGUUUGUGACUCGGUGAAAGCCCUUUCCUAUGUGGAGCGCCGCCUGAAGAAUGCUGACCGUGUAGAGAUCACCUGGCUCCGACAGUUACGAACACCCGAAAGAGUAGACGUCUCCGAGCUUUUUCUGCGAAGCAACUACUUGCGUUUUGGUGGCCAUUUUCUGCCAUACAUGGACCUGCAAGAAGAUAGUCAAGCAAUGGGCUGCCUCCAACGCCUUCAAGUGGCUACUGAGCUCAAUGGCCCUGGAUUGCGAAAGUGUCUGCACGUUCUAAAGAUGAGAUCCUGCCACGAUAUCAGCGUUUUUGCUGACCUCUACUCGGCUUUACAUUCCUUGCCGAAGGAACAGCAGUCCUCCAUGAACCUUUGGGGAGCUCAAGAAGAUCCAGGGCAAUUCCAGGUCUUUGUCCCUCCUAGCAGCUUUGAAGCUGCAAGUCGCUGUCUUUGGACAGACAGCGGCCGUAGCUGCCUACGGUGGCUCUGCGGCUACCAAGUGUUGCAACCUGACUAUGGACCCUCGGUGCAGGACUUUUGGAACUGUGUGAGUAUGAGCAUACCCUUUGCUUAA